UUUUUUUUUUUUUUUUUUUUUUGCUGCCGCCCUUCUUUGAAGGGUGAGAGCAUUUCCUUCCUUUCUACGGGCCGACUUCGGGGAAAGGAGAAAACCCGGGAAGAAGCGAAAAACACGACCUCCAUGUCCGGCCGGUGCUCGCAACAUGGAAAGCCUCACUGCUCCUUGGUCACAGCGACUUGAUAAACGGUCUCGUCUUCUACUCUGUACAUUGAUGUCUGGGCAUUGGGGGGCCUUGUCUGCCUUCCGAGCACUCCAGCGUUCUCAAUCUGGGGAUGAAGCAAGGCAGGGCUUCAACUGGCAGAUCUUUACACAGAAUUUGUGUUCUCAAGAACCUGUGCUGGAAGGACCCAAGAAGACCCUCAUCUUAAAACCAUUACUGCUUCUGCUUCCAGUGUUGUGCCAAAGAAACCUCUUUUCCCUGCUGCUCACACUACAAUCUGUCGUGCCAAAAGGCUGCCUCAGCCGUCUGGUUCAGGUCUCUAGACAGGAUCCCUGCCCAGAUCCUUGGGUGCAAAGACUGAGAGAUUUCCUAGAAGUGGGGCUGCAAGAGAAAACCUCCGUGACACCAGUCCUACUAUCAGAUGCAUGUCAGCAGGAGCUGAAAGAUCUGUGCCAGAAGGCUAUGGCCCCUCGUUGCAGCAAUGCUAAUUCAGAAAGAAAACUAAGUUGGUAUAUUAAACCAUCAGAUCCCUGCUUAGUGCCAUCUGGAAAUACUCCUGUCUCUGGAUCUCAGAUUAGAAAAAGCAAGAAGGUUGCUCAGGAACAUCUGGGUCCUGAAGAAGGAGAGAGAGAGAGAAAGAGGUCCCGACUAGAUGCAGAAUUGGAUGUGCAACAUCUUGAGGUACAUGCUGCACUAGAGGGAUUUAACUGGGCUGCCACAGGAAAUGAGCUCAUGAUGGAGGUUUCUGGGAAUGAAUAUGUUGAGAGCCUAAGCAACAAUGUCUAUCAGACGUCCCUGGAGGAAACUGUAACAGAAAAGAGAGGUACCAAUCUGAGUCCUGAAAAAGAUAUUGCAGCGGAAGUUCCUGAUCAUAUCAAGGCACACGUACCAAAACUUAAAGAACAGUUGGAGAUGCAGUUAGACCAUUCUGAUGGGAUUGCCCCUCCUGAGCUGCAGAUCCUCAAUGAUUGUACUCCAAGACAGUUAGAGGGCUUGUGCUCAUUACUGCAGCUCUCAGAGUGCCCAGACAAUGAACUUCUGCACUUCUGCACAUGGUUGAUGGCAUUUUCACCUGAUCUUGGGUACAGUAAUGCAGCAAUAUUUGCUGCAAAGCUUUUUCUACCUCGGGUUCUCUCGCUGACUGAGCCAGCCUCCUGGCCUCUCACAACUGCCCUGAUGAUGUUCUCUUCCAAGUAUUCUCGUCCAAUCUGUUGCACCUUGAUUUCUUCAAUUGUGCAGGCUCCAGAGAAAGGCCAUGAGCAGAUAAAAUUGGUGUGCAAACUAAUUGAGGAGUGUUUGGAACCUGAGUACAUGCAGCUCAUAUUCAGCCAUAUUAUAGAAGUGCCAUGGUCUGAAGAUCUCCUCACAAUUGUGCAUUCUUUGCUGGAAAGACAGGUAGAGUUGUCCACUGAGUUCUUCAAUGUUUUGGUCAUAAAUCUUUGCCAGAUGUCUCAAGAAUUUGCCAAAUCAAUGCAGUAUGCAAAACUGGUUCUGACUGUGCUGACCAAAUACCAAAAUAAUAUCAAGGGAGAAAAGCUCCCAGCUGAAGAUGAACAGAAGAUCUUGCACAAGGGAAAGCCAUUGUGAUGUGCUGCAUGGCUUGUCUGGCUUGGAUCACCACCGGAUGAUAGUCUUCCAUUUGGAAACAAAAUGGGAAAAAGAGAGUCGGGAAGAAGCCACUUGGAGAGGGACGGAGGAAAUCAAAGCAAAAAACCACUGAAUCUGAAAAUUGACAU